AUGCCAUCGGUAUCUCAAGCCCAAAGCAGAACAGUCAUCAGAAGUAAAGGGGGCUGCAGUCGAUGCCGCCAAAGCCGGAUCAAAUGUGAUGAGGUACACCCUAUAUGCCGUCGCUGUCAAGAUCGCUCCCAGAUCUGCGAUUGGCCGGAUCCUGGGUCGAUGUCAAGAAAGCAUCGCAAUCCCCGCCUACCUACCCGGUGUCUCAGCAGUGAGCUUGAAUCCUCGUGUAAACCAUGUUUGGACCGUGGAGAGGUCUGCCGUCGAGGUGUGAUGGGUUCAGAACCAGCUGCCAGCGUCGACGAACUAGCCGCGUCCGAAUCCUCAUUCACAUGCGAGAUCGCGCCGUUACCCCCUACGAUCCCGACCAAUUCUGACUUUCCCACUAUGAUACCUCAGCUCUUCACCACCGAUAACCAUCCUCCGGUACAAUCCUCCUUGUCAACCAUACUUCCUCAAAGUGAGGUAGGAGAAUUGAAAGAACUCGUUAGGCUGUAUUUUAGAACUGUACAUCAUUUUGGUUAUCUCUCAUUCAUACAUGAAGCAGACUAUUGGGAACUGGAGGAACGUCAACGAGCACCGGAAGGGCUGACCUACUUGAUGGCAGCUCACGCUGUGAGGUUUAGUGGACAGCCAGUGGAUCCUAGUCACCUCCAGAUCGCAGAUAGAUGGGUUACGGAAAUUGGAGAUCGACUCUUACCACGAGUUAUGACCGAAUUCGGAGCGAUUGAACUGAUGGAAGCGGUUCUCUGUCAGACAUACGACUUUCUGAAUGGUCGGUAUUCUCGCGGCAUGGUUAUGGCGGGAAUGGCAGUGAGGAUGAUGUCGUUCUUACGCCUACAUGAACUUGAUGAGUGGCCCCGACAAUCAACAAAACCACUACUGAGUCGCGAAGGGCUGAGAAGACUAGCCUGGUCGGUGUGGUUUCUAGAUGCAACGCUGGAUGGAGGAGUCUUCGGUGCAUCAAAUAUACACGAUGACGGCUUUACCAUUCAAUUACCGUGCGACGAUCGUCCUUUCCUUCUGCAUCGACAGGUAAUCACAGAACGGCUUGUGCCAACAAUUGGCACACCAACUGCUGCCUCAGAACCGCUGGACCUGUCUGGACAUCUUCUUCGAGCCAUGUGUGCACGGAACGCACUAGCAGUGGCGUACUCUCGAAUAAGAAGACAGCUUAUUACCCACGGUUCAGUCGACCAAAUGGCCCGCCUUGCUGAAGAAAAGGCAACCAAUCUGCUGGCCUCAUUGACACCCGAUCUAUCCUAUUCUCGGGCUUUAUAUCACAUCUACCGUGACCGUAGACCGGCUCUGGUUCUUCUACAUGUAAUGCGCAAUAAUUGUGUCAGACACGCAUCUCUCUUACGUAUGCUUGUAGCUCAGACUGAUUCCACAAGCCCUUACGAUUCAAGUCGAGAGCGGCGAGUGCUGAUAUCAACCGCCAAGGAUUUGAGCCAAAUCGUCGCCGACGCCUCGGAAUACAGUGUAGCACUUGAUCCCCAGAUCGCUAUGCACGCCUACAAUGCCGUAGAAAUACUGCUCUUCCAACCUACUCGACUAGCUAUGGAAAGCUCGGCGGCAGAAAUUAUAUCACGAGAGGAUGUUCUCACAGCCUCAAGACCUCUCAUCAAAAUUAUACGAGAGCUGUCUUCAGUAUGCCCAUUAGUCUCACUCAUAUAUCCCGAAGCUGUUAACCGAAUGGUCCAAAUGGGCUACGUGGAAGACCUGACGAAUGAUGAUAUCUUGGCGGUCUUGCAGAAAGUUCACUGUAUCACCAACGCAGAACAAGAAUUUGAUUGGUCCGAAUCAUUUUGGCGAUACGAAAUAUUCCUCUCACGGCGUUCUCGGGUAGUAACAUCUGCUAUACAAGAUCAAGAUACUGCCGAAGCCAUCAUUGGUCAACUAGCCGAGUCGCCAGAAGACGCUUUGCUUGAGGUUCCUGCAAUGGUUGGACCGUCAAUGACCUCAAACAUGUCUCCAACUCUUGCAUCCAAUAUAAUCGUUGGCUCCCCCCGUCCUUCCCCUGAAUUGAGUAGGAACAAACUUUCUCGCCUUGACCUCCCGACAACAAAUCUUUUAGCUUCGCCAGAUUGCGCCAUGCAAACAGUCCGCACGGAAUCGGAUUCGAGUUCCGACCCUAUCUCACGUCUUCAAAAUCUCUUUGCGACGCGGCGGCCAGACUCAAACACAGCCACUCCUGCUGUAUAUGUCGCUAUUUCUGAGCUCUCAGAAGGCAGAACAGAAGGCUGGCAACCUGCGGUGUCGUCAAAUGCUGGAAAUUUGCAGACGUCGCUUGCUACCGACGACCUGAACAACAUGUUUUUAGAUACUUACUUUAGUCCUCAACUUGCAUUGGACGGAACCUCUUUACCGUUUACAUGGAAGUAA